AUGACAGGAGAGUCAAGACUGGCUUAUCAUGCUGUACCAUGUAUUGUUAAAGUUGGAAAUGACGAGGAGCCACCGGACUGUUUAAAAUGGGACGAACAUGCUAACGGUGACAAUAUGCCUCUGCUUAAACAAACAAAAGAAAAAUGCGAGAAAGAAACUGACUGCUGUUCAGUAUGUAGAAUGUUUUACAACUCGAACAUUAUUGCGGAGAGAUUAGGUAACUUUUCAGCGAAUGCCGAAGAGUGGAGACCAUUUUCAUCAUAUCUUGCGACAACCAGGAUAAACAUUAAUGUACGGCAGGUCCACGCCCAGCAUGAAGAUGUUAAAUUACAUUUGACUUAA